CCUGAGCCCAAUACCGGGGCCCCCACCUCACUCCCUGAUAUAUGAGGAAAUGGAUGAACAGAAGAUUCUAGAACUCAUCAAAAACAUGAUGGAGCUGCUGACCGGAGAGGUUCCUAUAAGGUGUCAGGACGUGGCGGUCUAUUUCUCCAUGGAGGAGUGGGAGUAUGUAGAAGGACACAAGGAUCAGUACAAGGAUCAGGUCAUGAUGGAGGAUCAUCAGCCCCUCACAUCAGCAGUCAGAUCCAGUAAGAGAACAGCACCAGAGAGGUGUCCCCGUCCUCUUCUUCCACAGGAUGAUCAGGGUGAAGAUCCAAACAAUAUUAAUGCUCCAGAGACAUAUGUGAGCAGUGAUGAGCAGUAUAAGGAGGACAUUCCUACAGGGAGAGAUCUGAUCUAUAUUAAUGCUACAGACAUAAAGGAAGAAGAAGAGACAGAUGUGAGCUGUGAUGAGCAGUAUAAGGAGGACAUUCCGACAGGAAAAGAUCUGAACAAUAUUAAUGCUACAGAUAGGGAGGAAGAAGAAGAGACAGAUGUGAGUGGUGAUGAGCAGUAUAAGGAGGACAUUCCGACAGGAAAAGAUUUGAACAAUAUUAAUGCUACAGAUAGGGAGGAAGAAGAAGAGACAGAUGUGAUUGGUGAUGAGCAGUAUAAGGAGGACAUUCCUACAGAGAGAACUGAUCUAUAUUAAUGCUAAAGACAUAAAGGAAGAAGAAGAGACAGAUGUGAGCUGUGAUGAGAAGUAUAAGGAGGACAUUCCGACAGGAAAAGAUCUGAACAAUAUUAAUGCUACAGAUAGGGAAGAAGAAGAAGAGACAGAUGUGAGCUGUGACGAGCAGUAUAAGGAGGACAUUCCUACAGGUAACCACUCAGAUUCUUGUACCAGGAGAUCAGAGGAGAAUCUUAUAUCUUAAGAUUAUAAAGCAGAUGAUGAUAUCACACAAGAUACAUAUGAAGAACAUUCCAUUAUCCCAGAUACACCCUCAGCCCUUCACAGCCAAGAUCUGUCAUCUCAUCCUUAUAUACAGGUCCUGUCUUCUCAUUCAUCACAGAAAAGUCA